GGGCCGGGCUGACCCGGAAGCGGAAGUGCCUGGCGAUGGCGGCGGCCGCGGGUCUGGGGGCGCUGCCCGACUCCCUCCUGCUGGAGAUUCUGGGGCUGCUGCCGCUGCACGAGCGGCUGCGCGGGGCCAGGGUCUGCAGACGCUGGCGCAGGCUGGUACAGGACAAGAUGCUCUGGAGAUUUGUGGAUUUAAGGCCCUACAAGCUCAGCUCCAGGAUCCUGUGGCACCUGCUAAGGCAGUACCUGCGCAAUAGCCUGAGGGUACUGAAAGUGGGAGGAGCUCUCUACUCAAUGAGAAAGCAUGAGUUCCUUUCCCCAGCGCUGCUGCAGGCACUCGGGAAGCAGUGUCCCAGCCUCUAUCACCUCUGCCUGACCCAGGCUGACCUCCGUCGGCUCCCAUAUGACUGUAUACCAUCUUCUCUAAAGAGCAUGAAGCUGAGCCAGUGUGAGAUCCCUGCUGUGUGGUUCCAAAGAUCUGCAUCUCCAGAGACUCCCAGAGUCCUGCCACAACUGCAGCAUCUCAUGAUCCAUAACGUCUCUGCCUUUUCUGAUCAGCAUCUGCUUAACAUAUCAUCUCAGACCAGCCUAAGGACGCUGACCCUCUCUGGAACCUACCGGCUGACGGAUACUGGAAUUCAGAGAGCAGCCCCAUAUCUGGAGGACCUGGAAUGCCUGGUCCUGCGCAAAUGUGUCAUUACAGAUGCUGCUAUUCACUUCAUCGGGCGCCAUAUGAAACAGCUCCGCUCUUUGGAAUUCAGCAAUACUUGUUCCCUAACAGAUGCAGGCCUGGCUUGUUUAGCAGCCUUGAAAUGCUUGGAAACCCUCCGCCUCGAGUCCAGGUUUAAGCUUUCCCCUGAUGCCAUUGUUGCUGUGUGCCAGACACUCCCCCAGUUAAGGAAUCUCAAUUUAGAUGGGAUUGACUUUGAAGACCAGACAGUACAUAAAAUUCAGGCAAGUUUGCCCAACUGCCGUUUCUAAUGUGCUCCCUGACACACAUUCUGAGACGAAAUGUUAACAAUGGGGAGUUGUAUGGAACACAUGAGGGUGAGAUGUGGGGUGUUCACCCCCAUGAAAUAAUUCCCAGAAUUGCUUCUUCUGGGCAGGGUUGUACUCCCAGUGGCAGUUGCAUUUAUCUGUCUGGAGGCAGAAUUUUCUCUGGCUAAAACAAUGAGAUGAGCAGUGUAGGACGAGGACCAUCCUGACAGCUUGUAUCACCUGAAAACAGGCCAGCAGAAAUUCAGUUCUGCAGUCUGCUUGGCUGGGAUCCUGAAGUGAUCUCUCACAUUCUCCUACUAAGAAAAUAACAAGGCCCGGUGGAAAGGUGGCAUAUGAGGACCAGUGGCCCUAUGAGCUUAUUUAAAUUAGAACCAGUUUGGCAGCAGGGGGUUCUCUCUUAAGUUUAACCCUGUCUCACAUUAAACACCAUCAGGCAACAGGUGAAUUAUCCCCAAGCACGAGGGAGCAAGUCAGCUGUCAUCCUGAUGCACAGAAGUGUUUGGCUGCCCAAACCUUGGACUCUAGAUAAAAUUUAACUCAGGUCAAAAGGCAUUAACCACAUUGCUGUGCUAUGAGCAUACUCCAAAACAUACCUAGUAGGAAGUGGACAAAGGAUUGUGCAAACACACAUUUUAAAUGCAGGGAACAGAACCUUUAAGGGGAAAGAACCCAUCAUGUCCAUUUCACAAACACAGACACCAACCAUGUGCCACACAGGUCAGUGCAUAUGCGACUGUGAUUGUGUCCUGUCCUGCAGGGUGGAGUGGUGGGAGUUCUGCUGCGACCUCAAGGAUACGUGGAAUGUGGCGGGAGGGGGAAGUAUAAGGAAGUCCUGGAAUGCAUUUGUCUGUGUGCUGCAGGGGGAGGCAAACACACAUCUGUUCAGCCUGAAGUUCAGUCAGAGAUCGCAGCAUGUGUGUUUGCUCCUUGAGCAGCACCAUCAUCUCUACCUGUCUGUUUUUCCUGUCCUUGCUAUCGCUCUGCAUUCUGUCCCUGAGCGUCACCCUCCAAGCCUGGAAUCUGACACAGCAGAACCUUACAGGACCUCCUGCAACAUGUCUGCCCUUGUCCUCUUCUUUCUCCUGCUUAUCUGGGCCAGCCGCUCUUUCAGGGUGGAUGGAGAGACCAUCAAGGCCACGUUUGCAGUUGCAAAAGAAACAGUGGACAGAGGUACUGUUGUGAAUGCAUUCACGGCCCCACAAGUUACAAGCACAACA